GUAAACCCCGUGGCUCUAUGAAAGACAGGAUCACUUCGUAGUGGGACGAGUGACUGUUAGCGGUUCAAAACCCUCGUUUGUAGAGGAAGAAGAGCCUGUCUGGGAAGAACCGGGCUGGAAGAAGGUCUCACCGCAGCACGUCCUGUUCGGGCUUCCCUCCGGCUUCAAGUGUAACGCUAGGUCAUCUUUGCCCGCCUCAUUUCACCGCGAUAGACAACACAAACCACGGGGACGAGCCACCGGACGUAACGUUAGCCGAGAAGGGACGUGGGCUCCUCUAUUAUCACGCAGAUGCUCCCAGCCGCCGAGCUUGACAGGAGUGAUGGGAUGUGUCAACUAGGUGAGGCAGCCCUGGACAAUGUAAUCGGACUGAAGGAUUCAUCUGCAGUGUUCACACCGGAGCGAGACAGAGAAAGGACGGCGUACAAAGAAGAGGAGGACGACGACGACAUCGCAGACACAAGGAUGGGCGUGGGAAAGAAUACAACCUCCAAGACGAUGGACAGCAGCAGUGACGGAGGAAAAUAUGAAGAGGAGAUCAAACAUAGCGCAGAUUUCUACCCUAUUCCGGUGGUGAUAAACGGAGUGAGCAGUGGCAGUGGAGACCACGAUACUGAGAACACAGAGCUGAUGGCCAUCUACACUAAAGAUAAUCAACGAGCAGAAAAGAGCUCAAUGUCUGAGACGUUGGACAGCACCGACAGUGUGGAUGCGAGGAGGAUGGAUAUGAUCUAUACCAUUGAAGACACCCCACCCUGGUACCUGUGUGUGUUCUUAGGCUUACAGCACUACUUGACAUGUUUCAGUGGAACUAUCGCGGUGCCAUUCCUGCUGGCUGAUGCAAUGUGCGUUGGCUUCGAUCAGUGGGCCACCAGUCAGCUCAUAGGGACCAUCUUCUUCUGUGUGGGCAUCACCACUCUGCUACAGACCACACUGGGCUGCAGGUUGCCUUUGUUCCAGGCCAGUGCUUUUGCCUUCCUUGCACCAGCCAGAGCCAUCCUGUCACUGGAAAAAUGGAAGUGUAAUAAUACAGCAGCGGUUCCAGCGUUGAACAGUACAGAGCUCCUCCACACAGAGCACAUCUGGCACCCCAGGAUACGAGAGAUCCAAGGGGCUAUCAUCGUGUCGUCCCUGAUCGAGGUGUGCAUCGGAGCGCUUGGUCUGCCCGGGAUCCUGCUGAAGUACAUAGGACCUCUGACCAUCACGCCCACCGUGGCCCUUAUCGGCCUGUCUGGUUUCCAGGCCGCAGGGGAGAGGGCUGGAAAACACUGGGGCAUUGCUAUGCUGACGAUUUUCUUGGUGCUGCUCUUCUCUCAGUAUGCCAGAAACGUUCACUUCCCUCUGCCAGUCUACAAAUACAAGAAGGGCUGGACUUCUUAUAGGCUGCAGGUCUUCAAAAUGUUUCCUAUCAUCAUGGCCAUCCUGGUGUCGUGGCUGUUGUGUUUCAUUUUCACUGUCACUGAUGUUUUCCCUCCGGAGGUGGACAAGUACGGCUACUAUGCACGAACAGACGCACGUCAAGGAAUCCUCUCAGCUGCACCGUGGUUCAAGAUCCCAUAUCCCUUGCAGUGGGGAUUUCCUACCGUCACAGCUGCUGGUGUGAUCGGCAUGAUGAGUGCAGUGGUGGCCAGCAUCAUCGAAUCAAUUGGAGAUUACUACGCCUGUGCACGUCUCUCUUGUGCCCCUCCACCUCCCAUCCACGCCAUCAAUCGGGGGAUAUUUGUUGAGGGCAUUUCCUGUGUGCUGGAUGGUCUUUUCGGGACAGGAAACGGCUCCACCUCCUCCAGUCCAAAUAUAGGCGUCCUAGGAAUCACAAAGGUGGGCAGCAGACGAGUGAUUCAGUAUGGAGCUGCCAUGAUGCUGCUGCUGGGGCUCGUGGGUAAAUUCAGCGCCCUGUUUGCCUCUCUGCCUGACCCUGUCCUGGGAGCUCUGUUCUGCACGCUGUUUGGUAUGAUCACAGCGGUGGGACUUUCCAACCUGCAGUUUGUUGAUCUCAACUCAUCCAGGAACCUCUUUGUUCUGGGUUUCUCCAUCUUCUUCGGUCUGAUGCUGCCGAGCUACCUCAAACAGAACCCGCUGGUCACUGGCAUAGUUGAGAUUGACCAAGUGUUGAACGUGCUCCUCACCACUGCGAUGUUUGUCGGAGGCUCAGUCGCCUUCAUUUUGGACAAUACAAUCCCCGGGACCCCUGAAGAACGAGGCAUCGGGAGGCUGAAACGUGGCUCUGGUGUCAGUGCAACAGAACUGGAAGGGAUGCGAUCUUAUGAUCUGCCAUUUGGAAUGGACUUUAUCCGCAGAUACCCCAUCUUCAAGUAUUUCCCCAUCAGCCCCACCUUCACAGGCUACCAGUGGGGGAGGCUACGGGAAGCCUGCAGGAGCAGGCAUGGGGAUGUGGUGAAGGGAGGAGGAAUGGGAGGGGAGGGAGGCGUAGCACAGGGAGAGAGUGGGGUAUAGCCAACGUGCAGGAGCUGAAAAAUCUUCUGGGGAGCAAGGGAUGGUACACUAAAAUAGGCUAAUAAAAGUGGGAGAGUGGAAGACAGAAGCGGUGCAGGAUUCGGGAUUGUGCGGAACCGUCAGUAUGUGUUUUCUUUAGCUUGUCAGUCUUUUCCCACUUCCCACUAUGCUAUUUUAAGCAUGCUAUAGCAAGUCACAGCAUGCAGUAAAAGAUGUCACCAUGCAGAGGUUUGUUGAUGUGCGUGCAUGUGUAUACAGUGUGCAGAAAGAGAUGAUGGGUUUGUGCAUUAAUUAACUUGCACUUUAAUCCAGAAGGAGACAGAUGGACGUCAAACAAUCAUAGCUUAAUGUUUGAUGAUUCACUGCUAACUUGUACUGCCCAUUUUAUAAAACGUGUUCUUCUAAAAGCGCAGUGUCAUUUGAGGAUUAUGCAAAUAUCUGUUUUUCGACUCAUUUGCCUCUAGACUUGUUAUGCAACCACAUUAGAGAUGUGCACACAUGCUCACACACCAAUCACAGCCUAACCGAAACUAGCUUGAGCGCCACGAUGCACUUCAGGGUCAUGCAGAUGGAUGGAAGUGGUUUGUCAGGUGCCCUUAGUCAUGCAAAGUGAUAGUGCAAAAAAUACAUUUCACAAUCUGCCACCUGAGUUCAAAACCAGAAUGUCACUCCACAACUCGCGCCCCCAUUUCUUCAGUGAAACUCCUCAGAGACCCGUUGAGCAGCACAUCCGCUCAUCUCAUGCUAAAAAACAUCUCCCCCCCUUUCUUUAUAUAGUAGCGCUAAUAUUCACAAACCAGUUUACAUCUCUCUGUGUGUCAGUAUUGUGCACUAGUUACUAACGAGACCAAAACCCUAUUUUUCCUGAACACACCCUUGUCUCAUUUGGCUGUCAAAUGGGAUAUAAAGUCUUUCACUUCAUUAAGGAACAACAUUUAUUUUAGCAAGAUUUUUGCUUAAUCUUAAUUUAUUUCAUUUAUAUCUCCUCGAACACACGUAUGCACGUACAUAACAUACAUAACGAAACAAGCUUUUAAUACUGCCGUGAUUACAGCAGUGCAUUUGCAAAAACUAGAUUAAUGGCACACAGUAACAGAGACUUGGAGGAUCAGAGAGCUCUUUCUUAAGCCUAGUAUUUAUGUACACAAGAUGUGGAUCUUCUCUCACAGUUUUUAGGUGUCACUUCUGCUCUGCUUUACCAGUAAUGUGUGUUCAUGUGGGAUUUACAAAUGCUGUACCAUAAAUGAAACCCCCCUGCCUCUAUCCAAACACACUUAUUUCCAUCACUUACAUACUUGUGGUUAGAAGUCAGAGGUGGUGGUUUAGUUUGAAUAUGAAGUUUUUGAGUGUUGUAAGAGGUUUUUUGGAGAGUUGAAAUUCUUUUGUUUUGUUUAUCGACUCACAGAUGACAAUGUGUGUUUUUCAGCUGAUCAUGACUGUUGCUGUUUCACCUAUUUAAUGGUGUUGAUGACUUUCCCUUACAUUCCUCCUCCUCCCCGUCCUCAGUCACCUGGACGCCUCCCACUCUUAUCCCACUUCCAAUAUAUUUAACAGCUGAUGUUAUGUUGCUCUUCAUGUCUGUAGCAGCACAUUUGGCUGAGUAACCCAAUUUAUUAACCCAGGCGUGACCUUACAGAGUGAGUCUCUGAUUUUGACCACACUGUGUGCCUCUGGUGUUUUGAAGCAAAUUACAAAAUACCAUACAGUUUUGCAACAUUAUAAUCUUGGGGAAAUGUAGAAAUAACGCACAAUGAGAAACAUAACAGAUAAGAAAACUAAAUAUUUCACUCAAAUGAGACUUUUAUAAAACCAAAAGGCCAAAAGCUCUUUUUUUUUUAUUUCUUCUUGUUCUGUUUCCAUAUACCAAAACAAUUCUUAAAGCACUGGCAUUUGAAAUCUCAUCCCAAAUUUUCUCUCCCUUUUAUCUCUUUAUAUCUAAACUAUUUAUUUAUUUAUGAGAAGAAAGUUGAUGCUUAAUGAUUGCUUGAAGCAGGUUUAUGUGUCUCUUGCACAAUGUUGAAAGUAUAUUUAUAAGUUUACUUGUUCUUGCCCUGCAAAGAUUGGUGUGAUGAUGAUGAUUGACUGGCUACUCCUGUACCCUCAGAUAGUUGGUGCUUUUUAAAAACUCACCUGGAGACAACAGUUUUGUAAAGCUGGUUUCUAAUGUGAGAUUUAAGCUGCUUCUAUGUCAUUCCAUUUAUGCCAUAUUUUUAACAACGGGAUAGUUUAGUCAGAGUCAGGGCCUUUUUACUACAAGUACUGUUUGCACAUGUAAUGGUGCCAAGAACAUCAGGGUCUGAGUGAGGAAUACUCACUAACCUGAGACCCUAAAAUGUCACUAGUGUGCUUUUUCAGAUUUAUAGUAAAGUGUGAAUGUUUGUUUUAUUUGAUGACCUGAAGACAAGUGGAUGGACCGCUUUGUGAUUUCAUAUUUUUUGGGCCUUAGUCAAUGAGCCUAUGUUUGACUUGGCUCUCAUAGACUCCAUACAUUACUCUAGGGAUUUGGUCACAUAAUGUUCCCAACGCAGAUGUUUGUGAAAAAAAUCUAACAGUUAUCCAGCAGUGGGUUGCAGCUUGACAGGUUUUUUUUGUCUGUCUGUGAAUGAUAAAAUGUUUGCACAGGACAAAAACGGUUUAACUCUUAAUAUUCCCGCAGAAUGUGGUGCUCUGCUCUUCUACUUUGCUGGAUGUACUUGUAGCUAGUCUACAGUACUGUGCUGGCAGUGACCGUGUUGCACCAAAAUCUGUGACCUGAAUAGGAAUUUCAUCUGGCUAUAUUGCCACAGCUAAUGUUUUUUUUUUAUUAUUAUCAUCAUACUCAACAGACUGGUCGUUUAUUCUGCAGUGUCACAGCUAUCAAAAUGUGUGACCCUGUCUAAAUUAUACUGGGUCACCAUUUUCACUAACGCCUAUCAAAAUUUAUUAUGCAUUAAAGUAAGAUAAAAACAUAUGCAGUGGUAAAAUAGCUGAAAUUCCUAGUCAGGCCACAGAAUCAAAUGGGUGUCGGGAUUUGGUGUAACACUGGCAGAGAGUUGAAAUUUAAGCAGUCGGUUUUCUGGGUAGGCCGUAGAUAUCAGUGACACGACCGAACCACAGAGGAACAUAAGGAGUGCUGAGGUCACAGAAGCGGCGAGGCUAGCUAGUGACCACUGAUGAGUGCAGAAAUUGUAACUCUAAAACUUCACCAUCCUCAGCCAAGUGUUGGCUGUGUAAGAAGCGUUGGUAAAAUUAGCAAUGUGGUGUUUGUAGACCAGCUGAUGUUUUCUGACUUCCCUGCCCACGUUGACUUCCCUUGCUCCAGGAGCUGGUGACAAUCAGAGCAGUCACCGCCUCCUGCUCCUUCUGCGAUCAAUUGAUUGAAGGUGGUUUGGCAUCUCUUGUAGUGAAUUCUGUAAUACAUGGCAUGCACACACAAUAAUCACAUGACCAACUUGUGACCUUGUUUUCUGUUAUAACAUGCAAUCAUCACAUCCUCUCUCCACACACUCUCUGUUUACCCACCCAAGUCCUGCAGUGAAAAUCUACAGGUGUCGUCUCAUGUUUAGUGUACCUGGUUUUCUCCCCGGGAGUUUGUACUGUUAUUUGUUGAUGCAGGAGAAUGACACCUGCUGGCCACCUGACUGAGAGCCUGAGUUACUGGCCACCGAGUGAAUCCGCCUUAUCACUUAAUGGCAAGAUGAACAUUGGUUAUUGAUGGAGGCUGCUUCCCCUUCAUUUUAACUUUAACCUUUCAGUUUUACCGUACGUUCUGUUAUUUCAGGAUACUAAACGCAUGCAUAUGUGUUUCUCAUUCUCACAUAAUUGUUAGAGUAAAAACAUUUCAGCCCCAACUCGAUGGUAUUCUGUCUUGAAUUACAUACAUGUCAGUUUAACCAACAGAUGGCUCUUAAGAAGGUGGCCAUAAGGUAUAACACAAAGACAUCAAUCCCUUUCAGUUAUUUUGAAGGGGGUGAUACCUGAAGAAUAUACUUUUGUGUAUUAAGUGUUUUAUCUUUUUCAAUGUUUUUGUCUUUUUUAUACAUCGUCAUGUUUUUGCAAGCAAAUAUUUGUAAGAAACAAAUAACUUUUAAUCUUAAAUCAUGCUGGAAAACGCACCAUUUUAUUGUACUUUUUUUUUUUUUUUUUUUUUUUUAAAGAAGUAAAUACAUUUUAAUCCUAUUUUGAAUCUGUGGUUUGGUGAAAUCCUUUUUGUUUGUUUGUUAGGACCUUUUCAUAUUGUAUUUUUUUACUCUAACAUUGCUUUCUGUCACACAUUACCAAUAUAAAUGAGAGUGAGCUGAGAAACUUUAAAUUGAUGUAAAAAUAAAUGUAUAUUUAAUGGAGUAAAGUUUGCUAAACCUUCUAGAAGACAAAUUGUGUAAACUAAUUGUAGCAACAAAAUGUUUAUUCUUUGUUCCUAAAACUAUUUAAUAAGAUGUUACCAAAUUAAUGCAGUCUUUUGUCUUUAUUGGUCACCAACUGUGAUUGUGAUGAUAAAACAGAUUCUCUGACAGUUUGGAUUAACCACAAUAAAAAGACUGACUGGUU